CAAAAAAAAAACGAAAAUUGUUUUUGAGAAAUCUUCACAAGAAAUGUCAUCAUCACAUUAUGCGAUCCUUUUCAUCAUCGCAAUUUCUCUCGCUCCUCUACAUGGAUCUGGGAAAACACAAAGUCUUGACGCCAGCAACAGCAAGACAGCUGUAAAUGGAGGAAAAGGUGUUGAAUCGAACAAGUUAGGUUCAUCAGUGUGCCUUGUUGAAAGAUGUCCAAGGCAUCACGGCCACGGAUCAGAUGUGUGUUAUUGCUGUUUCAGAGAUAGUCGGAGGUGUUCUCGUAAUUUAUAUGCUUGUGCAAGUGACUGCAUUCGCCAACCUCCUUCUAUGCAUUAACUUAAUCUUAUAAUGCAUGACCUU